AUGGCUGCUGGCAGACGAAAGGGCCACCGUACUUCCCUGAUGGAUGCCAGCUUAAACCCUAACCCUCUGAGCUGUGAGAUUAAAGAGGAGCAGGUGGAGGUCUGCACCAGUCAGGAGGGAGAGCAGCAGGAGGUGAAGCAGGAGGCUGAAGCCGUCAUGGUGACUCCUCCAUGUGAAGUCAGUGAAGAUCAGAGUCUGGGAGACUCGGGAUCCACUAGAAACACAGAACCCAGACCAGAGGAGAGUCCCAGUGAGACUGGAUCAGCUAAGACUCCGUCCCUGUGUGACACCUGUGGGAAAGCCUUCAAGUUUAAGUCCCAGCUGAAGAAACACGAGCGGAUCCACACCGGGGAGAAGCCGUACGGCUGUCCGGACUGUGAGAAGACGUUCAGGUGCAGCAGCGACCUGAAGAUGCACACGAGGAGCGUCCACACCCGCGAGAGGAACUUCUUCUGCCAGACCUGCGGGAAAAGCUUCGUGCGCUGCAACGAGCUGACGGUGCACACGAGGGUCCACACGGGGGAGAAACCCUUCAGCUGUAAAGCCUGCGGGAAGGACUUCAGACGCAGCUGCCACCUGACGGCCCACAUGAGGGUCCACACGGGCCAGAGACCCUUCAGCUGCUCCCACUGCGGAGAAGAGUUCAGACGCAGCGACCAGCUGAAGGUCCACAUGAGGAGCCACACCGGGGAGAAACCCUUCUGCUGCUCCGCCUGCGGGAAAGACUUCAGACGCAACGACGAGCUGAAGCACCACAUGAGGAGCCACUCGGAGGAGGCCAAGCCCUUCGUCUGCCUCACCUGUGGGAAAGGCUUCGGAUACAGCAGCGGCCUGCUGGUUCACAUGAGAACCCACUCAGGAGAACCCAGACCGUUCUCCUGUGGAACCUGCGGCAGAGCCUUCAGACACAACUGUGAGCUGAUCAUCCACAUGAGGACGCACACCGGGGAGAAACCCUUCCUCUGCACCACCUGCGGGAAGAGAUACCACGAGAAGUCCAAACUGAAACGCCACAUGAAGAUCCACUAG